GGAAAAGUUACCGUUGCUUGGCAACUCAUUUGUUUACACUUUCUUUUUAUUUAAUAAACGAUACGAUACGAUGGACCUUAUAAAGGAAAUUAAUGACAAAUACAUGGCAUUGGAGUCGGAAAUUGAUCAGAAACUGGAGAAAGUUCAGGCUGAGGAGCUGAAGCUGGAACGCGAGACCGAGAAGCUGGCCAAGAUUUCGAUCCAUCCGCCGCCACCUAAAGUCCUGUCAUACGAAGAGGCUCUGUUAAGGAACACAAACACCCUCAAGUCGCUGGAACUGGCCAAGGCUCGUCUAAGGUCACGCAUCACCUACUCGCCGGUGGAGAAACUACUGCACGAGGCCCUAGACAACUACAGAAAAGAGCUGGAGUCCCUGCAGGCGGCGGUGAAGGAUAAUGACGAGGCCAACGAAAUAAAGGAGGAGCAAAACCUUUACGACCUGGUCAUGCAGAAUGUUAUAGAAGCCACCGGCAAAGGGAGCCUAAAGAAGCCGACGUCACAAAAUGCCGACGACAAUCGCCGCCAUUGAGAGUCUGGUUUACUCUAUAGAUGGAACUGUAGCCGUAGAUGACUGAUAUAUAUACAAUAUAUACACUCGUACAAUAAAGUGUUUACUGU